CUCGUGCCUAUCUUCAACAAUCUCUUUGCAAAAGGCAGGGUCAAAACUGCAGCACAGGCCCACAUAACAAACAAAACAAACCAAAAAAAUCCUAAAUCAUGCAAAGGAAUUUAAAAUUAUACAUAUGGACUCUUUCUGCUGCCAUUAAAAUAUCAAGAAUUGGCUCCCAAGCAGGUCCCUGCCCUCACCUGUCACUCAGCUUACAUUCCACCCAACCUUGACGGCUCUCCCUGUCAGUGAUGGGUUAUGCUUUUAGUGACUGACAUAAUCAAGAUGGAAGAAAAUGUAUAAAUGAGUCAAAGGAUAUGAAGAUAUUUCAGCAAGGAAUUUUGAAUUUAACAGAAUUAAUCCAAUUGAUUAAAAGUUCACUACAUUCAAAGAGAGACGUAGAAGAGUGGAGCUGAAGUUAUGGAAGUUUCCAAGGAGGAUAAACUUGAGGGAGGCAGAAGGAUGUCUGGAGUCAUGAAACCACCAGAGGGUGGUUGGGGUUGGAUGAUAGUCGCUGGAUGUUUCCUCGCCACCAUCUGCAUUCGUGCAGUGACCAGAUGCAUCUCCAUAUUUUUUGUGGAGUUCCAGAUGCACUUUGAGAAGGAUUACACCUCCACGGCUUGGAUCCACAGUAUGAUUGACUCCACCACCAUGCUGUGUGCUCCUCUUGGUAGUUUCCUUGGCAACCGUCUAUCCUGCAGAGCAACAGUCUUUAUGGGGGGGCUCCUGUCCUCUGCAGGCCUGGUCCUCAGCUCUUUCGCCUCUAGCCUGGAAUUCCUCUACAUCUCUCUGGGAGUAAUUACAGGUCUUGGCUUUGCUCUCAGUUACACGCCAGCCAUAGCAAUGGUUGGACGGUACUUCAAUGAGAGGAAAACUCUGGCCUAUGGCAUCUCCAUGUCUGGCAGUGGCAUCGGGACCUUCCUUCUGGCUCCUGCAGUUCAGCUGCUUAUUGAACAUUAUUCCUGGAGAGGGGCUAUGCUCAUCCUCGGGGGGUUUGUUUCCAACUUGUGUGUUUGUGGUGCUCUGAUGAGGCCGCUGGAACAAAAGAGUGUUAAAAGGAUGUGGGAAAGCAACCUGACAAAUGUGGAAAAUGCCCACUUGACAGCUGUUCUGGAAUCUGAAUUCACUGAACCAGUAACUAGCGACUGCAGCCAAGUGGCACCAAAACAGCAGACAACAGACAACCUGAAGGAUACGCACAACAUUGUCAAUGCCAUUGGAACAUUUCAAAGUUCUGGAUGUGAAAACCAUAGACUUCGAGGGAACAUAACACUACUGACAAACCACAUACUUCCUGAUAAGAGAAGGGCAGAUAAAAUAGCUGAAUGCAUUUUAUUUAGCAACAAACUGGAGACAAUGUUAGGAGAGAUGGAAGAACUGGAUGAAAAUGGCAGCAUGAUCAAGGACUCAGAACUGAUGGAAAGCAUAGGCUCGAACAACACAUCAGCGGCUGCUAAUUCAAAAGGACAAAUUUCAGAACCUGAUGAAAUAAACACGUUAGGUGGCUUUGAUAAAACUGUUUCUACCGAACCUUUGGUGAACUCACCUCCACUAUGCAGACUCCAGGGUUUUUGUCUCAGGUUCAAGGAGGAGUUUGGUUUCUUUGUGAUACCCAGCUUCUUGAUUCUGUCAGUGUCCUUCUUGUUUCUGGCGUAUGGCUGUAGUGCUCCAUUAGUUUACCUUGUUCCUUACGCCCUGAGCAUAGGAGUCAAGCAUCGCCAUGCCGCCUUCCUCAUGUCUAUUUUUGGUGUCAGUGGAAUUGUUGGCAAUAUCACUUUUGGAUGGAUCAUGGACAGGAGGUGUCUGAAGAGAUAUCGCUUUCUGAGCUACAUUAUGGCAAUAGGCAUGGAGGGCCUUUGUUGUAUAUUCCUGCCUUUUCUCCAUUCCUUCUCCCUCCUGGUGCCAUUUUCCACACUCUACGGGUACUUUGAUGGGGCGUAUGUGGCACUAAUACCAGUUGUGACCUCUGACACUGUAGGCUCCACCCAUUUUACCUCUGCCUUGGGUGUGGUUUACUUCCUGCAUGCUGUUCCAUAUUUGGUCAGCCCACCGAUUGGCGGUUGGUUAGUAGACCGGACAGGAAACUAUGCAUCAACCUUCUUCCUCAGCGGUGCUUCCUUCAUCUUCAGCUCUUUGAGCUUGGUGGCUGCUGCUUCGGUCACACGUGUGAUCUCGCUGCUUGGAUUGGCUCGGGGUGAGGAACAGCAUCCACAGGAAACAAAACUGUCAACUUGUGCCUGA